AUGCGAACAAGACUCUGGAACAUGGGCGUCUCCGCCUGGAAAGAGGGCGUAAAGGUCAAAUCGGUGGAGCACGGCCAUUUGCAGCAUAAGGAUACCAUUGCACGGGAUGUGUGCAUCAUUGGGGGUGGAGCAACUGGCACGUUCUCUGCUAUUGGCCUCCGGGAUCGAGGGAAGAGUAUGGCUAUCAUUGAGCAGAAAGAUCGACUUGGAGGCCACACGUUGACCUACCAGGACCCUACCACAGGGGGGAAGACUAAGGCAGGCCUAGUCGUUAUUCGACCUUCUACAAUAUCACAAGAAUAUUUCGCCCGUUUCAACAUUCCACUGACCAAAUUCAACCCCCCCCCCCCCCCCCCCCCCCCCCCAAUGCCAGACUCAACCCUGUACGUGGAUUUCAGCACUGGAAAGAAAGUCAACUUCACCCCAAGCGAUCCAUCGCAAGCGUUUGCCGCUUAUGGUGAGCAGCUUGAAAAAUAUCCCUUUCUCGACAAUGGAUUCGAUCUCCCUGACCCUAUCCCGGCCGAUCUUCUCCUUCCCUUCGGCGACUUUGUCAAGAAAUACAACCUUAGUGCAAUGGUGAUGCUGGUCUCUAAGCUCGGCCAAGGACUAGGAGAUCUUCUCUAUCAGCCAACAUUAUAUGUGAUAAAGAAAUUUGGUGCCACUGCUCUGGAGGGAUUUGCCAAAGGUUUUCUUGUUCCCGCCAAUGGAGAUAACAGCGAGCUAUACGUCAAAGCACUUGCAGAACUAGACGACGACGUUCUGCUGAGUAGCUGUGUUCUUUCCACUAGGAGAGAACGGGAUUCUGUGAAGGUUCUGGUCAAGACCCCGACUGGACAGAAGAUCAUUGAAACGAAGACACUUCUUGUCACGGUUCCUCCGAAGUUAGACAAUCUUCAAGGCUUUGAUCUCGACGCAAAAGAGACGUCACUAUUUGUCCAAUUCAGUAACAGCAUUCCCAACAAUCACUGCCUCAUUAAUGUGGCAGUGGACGCGAGAGAAAACCUUCCAGAUCUGCCAGGCAUUUACGAGAUCACCCCAACUGGGGUCCCGAACCUAGUCAACCUGAAGUAUGGAAGCCCAGUUUCGAUGCUAGAGAAAUUGGUGGAACGGGAUGUGAUGGAUAGCCUUGCGCGUUUGAGGAAGGCAGGAACGGUUUAUACCACCCCGCCUGAAAUCGCCCUUUUCUCAAGUCAUACACCGUUUGAGUUGACGGUCCCUGUAUCCGCAAUCAAAAAUGGCUUUUACAAGGAGCUCAAUGAACUGCAUGGCCACAGGAACACCUACUACACCGGUUCCGCUUUUCAAGCUCACGAUGUGUCGCUCCUCUGGGAAUUUACCGAUACCAUCCUUGAUAAGAUUAUGGGGCGCUAAAUUAAUUCCAUCCUUUGGCGUGGCAAGAGGAGUAUUCCUUUCGCUGGUCCAACAAUAUUUGAUUCUUGUUGGGAUUAUGAUUACUUGGUGGCUCGGUUAGUGACGGAAGUGGAAAGAAAGGUUUCCUCAUAUUCGUGGCCGGAGUUUACUGAUAUUGGAAACCUGAAGUGGGUGCUUUCUUACGAAAUUUUCCUGUCUAGAAGUUCGAUAUCCUCUAUUGAUGUUUCUUCUUUUAAUUGGAGCUUUCGAAAUUAUAAAUAGUUGAAGAUGCGAUGGACCCGUUGGGAGGUAGCCCCUUGGGGGCAGCUUAUUGCAAUAUAUAAAGAGCUCCCUGGGGGCCAGCUUCCUGCAGGGCCAGCUCACUGCAAUACAUGAAGAGCUCUCUGGGGAGGGGGAAGGGCAGCUCCCUAGGGAAAGCUCACUGCAAUACAUAAAGAGCUCUCUUGGGGGAGGGGGGAG